CUUAUAGAUCUGCUUCAUUAACCUUUAUUAGAAAAAUGCAAGCCAUUAAAUGUGUUGUGGUUGGUGAUGGUGCCGUUGGGAAGACCUGCCUUCUAAUUAGUUAUACCACUAAUGCAUUUCCCGGUGAAUAUAUUCCAACUGUAUUUGAUAAUUACUCCGCAAAUGUAAUGGUCGACGGUAAGCCCAUUAAUCUUGGUCUUUGGGAUACUGCUGGUCAAGAAGAUUACGAUCGUUUGCGGCCCCUUUCAUACCCUCAAACGGAUGUAUUCUUGAUUUGCUUUUCCUUGGUUAGUCCUUCCUCUUUUGAAAACGUUCGGGGCAAGUGGUACCCAGAAAUUACCCAUCAUGCACCAAAUAUUCCUAUCAUCCUUGUUGGUACAAAACUCGAUCUUCGGGAAGAUAAGGAAACCAUCCUUGAGCUUCUUCCAAAAAUUCUUAAUCUAAUUUUAUAUUU